GCAAACAUCUCAGAACACAAGCAAAAAAAAAAAACUAGCACACUGCGACCACAAGACAGUAGUGAACUAGAAAGAGAGAGAUGGGGAGGGAUCAGGCAGCUGCAGCGGUGAUGGCGCCCGAGAAGCUGAAGCUGUUCAUGGGAGUGCUGGCCCUGCAGUUCCUGCUCGCAGGGUUCCACAUUGUCACCAGGGCGGCACUCAACAUGGGCAUCAGCAAGAUCGUGUUCAUCGUAUACAGGAACAUCAUCUCCCUCGCCUUGCUCGCCCCGUUCGCUUACUUCCUCGAGAAGAAAGACAGGCCACCACUCACCUUCUCUUUGCUGGUGGAGUUUUUUCUGCUAGCGUUGUGUGGGAUAACUGCAAACCAGGGCUUCUACCUCCUGGGCCUGUAUCACCUGUCACCAACCUACGCCUCUGCGAUACAGAACACCGUUCCUGCGAUCACCUUCGCCAUGGCCGCUGUCCUCAGGCUCGAGCAGGUCGACCUGAGCAGGAGGCAUGGGCUGGCCAAGGUGGUGGGCACGGUGUUGAGCAUCGGAGGGGCGACCGUGAUCACCCUCUACAAGGGCCUGCCGCUGUUCCAUUACGAUCUGACCAUCAAGUCUCUCCUGACGCUGUCCUCCUCGAGCCCCAUCCUCAACUGGACCCUCGGCUGCGUCUUCAUCCUCGGGCACUGCCUCUCCUGGUCAGGAUGGAUGGUUCUUCAGGUGCCGGUGCUGAAGAGGUACCCAGCCAGGCUCUCGGUUCUGUCACUGACCUGCAUCUUCGGGCUCCUCCAGUUCCUGGUCAUUGCGGUGUUCACGGAGGAGGACCUGAGCAGGUGGAAGGUCCACUCCGGAGGGGAGCUGUUCACCAUCCUAUACGCUGGUCUGGUGGCAUCUGGCGUCGCGUUUGCUCUGCAGAUCUGGUGCAUCGACAGGGGAGGCCCGCUCUUCACCGCCGUCUUCCAGCCGGUGCAGACCGUCGCCGUCGCCGUCAUGGCUGCCGCCAUUCUCGGAGACCAGCUCUACACGGGAGGGAUCAUCGGAGCUGUGCUGAUCGUCAUCGGCCUGUACUUCGUGCUGUGGGGCAAGAGCGCGGAGAAGAAGGCGGCCACCAGGAACCAGCAGGAUCAGCUGGAGCAGGGAGGAAGAGGAGGAGGGGACAUGGCGAGGCACCUGCUCGAGGGAGGGGAUGCUCCGGCAAAAGACGAAGAUGCGCCGGCCAUUGACCUGCUGGCUUGACGAGCGAUCAGUUGAUCAAGGGCGUCCGUAAACGUAAUGGGAUUGUACCUGUUGUGAUUUCAGCUGUUCCAGACCGGCAACCAAUACCGAAGUGUGCAUGGUUUGCCGGUGUGGAACAGUAGUCUUGUUGCCCUGGGUCUGCAGUACUGUGCAUGUAUAGGUAAGAAAAGGUUUGUAUCGCCCAGGGUUUAAAGUCACUUCAUGCCUGGUUCGAAUCAAUCUAAGCUUGAUCACACUAAGACAGUUCAUUUUUUUC